GGAUCAUCUCUCAUUUCUCCUUUUUUUUGUUCCUUUGAGUUUAUUUUCACCUCAUCCACAUCGCCCCAUUAUCAGAUAUCACCUAUAAGACUGCUCCAGGAUGCCGUCCAACACUGUCACCAACACCAACAACGCCCCAUUCAAAGGCUCAGACUACGCGGACUCACCUGGAAACAGAAUGGGUGAAAGCACAAUACUGGACACGGACCUGACGACGGAGGAGAAGUCGGCUAAAAGUAGCGCUCCCUGUAAAGUCGGGAAGCCUGGAAGAAAGCGGAAGCAGUUUCCAGUCGAGAGCUCUCUCAAAGGCAGUGUGGGCAUGGGCAACAGCUACACUGGGGUGGGGAGGCCGUCCAUGGCACAGGUCCACAAUGGAGAGGUGGGCGGGCACAGAGACAGGACGUCCGACGCCUGCUUCCCCAAACAGGAGAAGAGGGAAGUGGAGAACGGGAUCCCCAGAGACCCUUCCUCUUGCCGGGCAGAGGACAGCUCCCAGGGUCAAAGCCUGAGUCCGUCCCCGGAGAACGGCCGAGACGACCAGGACUCGGAGAAAGACAAGGACGACAGUCUGACGACGCCGUGCAAGAAACGAGGCAGGCGGAAACUGGAGCGACCAACAAAAUAUGUGGAGCACAAGGAGGAGGACAGGCGUGAUGCAGUCAAGACUGAGCACCUUAAACAGGGAGGUCGAGGCAAGAGGGGAGUUGGUUGGGAGAUCAGCCUUCGUCAGAGGCCCGUGCCCAGAAUAACCUUCCAGGCUGGUGACCCUUAUUACAUUAACAAGAGGACCAGAGAGGAGUGGCUGGCCAAGUGGAAGAUGGAGGCAGAGAAAAAGUCCAAACAGAUGUCAGCGAUGAACGCGAUGAAGGAUCACGAGGAGAAUGAAACAGAGACGGAGAAAGAAGAAGAAGUCUCAAUAAUCAAGCACCCAUCGCCUUCAAGCAAGCAGCAGCAGCAGCAGCAGCCUCAGUCGCUCGCUCACUCACAGCCUCAGCAUCAACAGCAAUCACAGCCGUCGCUGCCACAACAGCAACAUCAGCAGCCGCCUCAGCAGCAGCAGCAGCAGCAGCCUACUGACCCCGCUUCCCCCACCGUGGCCACGACCCCUGAGCCCGUCACCAUCGGAGGUGGAGACAAGACGUCCCCCAAGCCUGCAGACACUGAGCCCGAGUAUGAGGACGGUCGUGGUUUUGGCAUCGGCGAGCUGGUUUGGGGGAAGCUUCGAGGUUUCUCAUGGUGGCCAGGCCGCAUUGUAUCCUGGUGGAUGACGGGGCGGAGCAGAGCUGCUGAGGGAACCAGAUGGGUCAUGUGGUUUGGAGAUGGAAAAUUCUCAGUGGUCUGUGUAGAGAAACUCUUGCCUUUAAGUUCCUUCAAUAAUGCCUUUCACCAACCAACUUACAACAAACAGCCAAUGUACAAGAAAGCCAUCUAUGAGGUGCUACAGGCGGCGAGCAGCCGGGCAGGCAAAGCCUUCAUGGCCUGCCCCGACAACGCUGACACAGAAACCUCCAAAUCAGUAGAAAAGCUAAACAAGCAGAUGAUUGACUGGGCUAUGACGGGCUUUCUGCCCACUGGACCCAAGGCUUUAGAGCCACCAGAAGAGGAGCGUAACCCGUACAAAGAGGUUUACCCGGAGAUGUGGGUGGAGCCUGAAGCAGCAGCCUAUACGCCUCCUCCUGCCAAAAAGCCUCGCAAAAGCACAGCGGAGAAACUCAAGGUCAAGGAGAUCAUUGAUGAGAGGACACGAGAACGGCUUGUUCAGGAAGUGAGACAAAAGUGCCGCAGCAUAGAGGACAUCUGUAUCUCCUGUGGAAGUCUGAAUAUUAACCGUGAGCACCCGCUGUUUGCUGGAGGAAUGUGCCAGGGCUGUAAGAACUGCUUCCUAGAAUGUGCGUAUCAAUAUGACGACGACGGCUACCAGUCAUACUGCACUAUCUGCUGCGGAGGACGAGAGGUGCUCAUGUGCGGGAACAACAACUGCUGUCGGUGUUUCUGUGUGGAGUGUGUCGACCUCCUCGUCGGUCAGGGAGCGGCCCACGAAGCCAUCAACGAGGACCCGUGGAACUGCUUCAUGUGUAGUCAGAAGGGAGCGUUUGGUCUUCUGUGGCGUCGCACCGACUGGCCCAGCCGUCUCCAGCACUUCUUUGCAAAUAAUCAUGACCAAGAUUUUGAUGCACCAAAGCUUUACCCCCCAGUCAUGGUGGAGAAGAGGAAGGCCAUUCGUGUCCUGUCGCUAUUUGACGGCAUAGCAACAGGGCUAUUGGUGCUGAAAGAUCUUGGCAUCGAAGUGGAUCGCUAUGUAGCUUCUGAAGUGUGCGAAGACUCCAUCACUGUGGGUAUCGUCCGGCACCAGGGUCGCAUCAUGUAUGUUGGCGAUGUGAGGAAUGUCACACGCAAACAUAUACACGAGUGGGGGCCUUUUGACCUAGUUAUUGGUGGAAGCCCAUGCAACGACCUCUCUAUAGUCAAUCCUGCUAGGAAAGGCCUUUUUGAGGGCACCGGACGCCUGUUCUUUGAGUUUUACAGGCUGCUCCACGAGGCUCGGCCGAAGGCGGGGGAGAACCGGCCUUUCUUCUGGCUCUUUGAAAAUGUGGUUGCCAUGGGUGUCAGCGAUAAGAGGGACAUAUCUCGCUUUUUAGAGUGCAACCCAGUGAUGAUUGAUGCCAAGGAAGUGUCUGCUGCCCACCGCGCCCGCUACUUCUGGGGUAACCUUCCUGGCAUGAACAGGCCUUUGAGUGCGAUGUUCAAUGACAGGGUGGACCUCCAGGACUGUUUAGAACACGGCAGAACAGCGAAGUUUGGCAAGGUGAGGACCAUCACCACCAGGUCUAACUCCAUCAAGCAGGGCAAGGACCAGCACUUCCCCGUCUACAUGAACGAGAAGGAAGACAUACUCUGGUGCACUGAAAUGGAGAGGAUCUUUGGCUUCCCAGUCCACUAUACGGACGUGUCAAACAUGAGCCGACUGGCAAGGCAAAGGCUCCUGGGCCGGUCAUGGAGCGUCCCGGUUAUCCGCCACCUGUUCGCACCACUCAAAGAUUACUUUGCCUGUGCUUGAGCAGCAAGAAAACUUGCUCGGAAACAUUUAGGAACUACAACUGUAUGUUGUGACUAGAAAUAAGAGCCUUGAUCCUCAAAUUAUACUCUUGUGUAAUUUGCAAGCGAAACAAUGAACGUAGACUUCACAUUAUUUCUUGUAUUUGAAUUGUAAUUCUUAUUCUAUUUAAUUUUGAUAUGUCAUUUUACCUUUUAGCAGUGUUAUCAAGUAUUGUUGAUUUGUUUGUGCAAGCUAUACUUGAGACUAUGCUUUCUUCUCAAGACACUGAGACAGAAAAGUGCGAAACAUGUGUUUUAAAAGAGACGGCGAUGCGAUUGGGGAAACCACCCGGAAAGAUAGGAAACGGUUUGGAGACAUGUGAAACGUUUCUGCUGUGUGUGAGCGUGCUGCACGUCGGGGCUGCGAGACUCCCCCGCCUGCAGAGCGGCCACGCUUGCAGCUACUGAGCCUCACGGGGAUGUGGAGAGAAAUUUUCUUCAGUGUCAGGAGAGCUGUGUCUCUAAGAAUCCAAAACACCAGAUCACAUAUACCUCUUUGUUUACAGUUUCUAUACACAACUGAAGGUAAUAAAGGUACUACUGUAAUAUGGUUACAAUACCAUGGUGCUCCAAGAUGAUGGGAAACCUCAUAGCCCAUGUGGCACUAUAACUUUAGACAAUACGGAGCUCUUUAACCUGUUGCUGGAAAAACUUGUGUUUGAUGUUGAUGCUCACUUUAAAGGAAGUGACCGACAGUAGAGCAUGUGCUCUUUUCUGCAUUUUACAGCUUGAAUGCAGUUUGUAAUGGUGCUCAUUGAAUCUCUCAGCCUCGCCGCAGUGAUCUGCACAAACAGAGAGUGAAGCUAGCUACAUGGGCGAUGAUGUUUUCUGUCGUAAAAAAAAACGAAAAAAAAAAACUUAAGAUCAACGUCUGUGAAACUAUUUUUUUUAUAGUUUCAUCCUGACAUUACUGUACAACUGUUAGUAGGUGUGGUCGCUGGAGAGAGGGAGGGGUGACCGGGCCGGGUAACCCCUCCUCAUCAACUUCCACCUCUCUAAACUGAAAAACUGUCAGGUGCAAAAACCUCAACAAUAUGGUGCGGCUUCACAAAGUUCUUCUACCUUUUUUAUAGCAAUUCUGUGCUGUUUUAUCAACAUUAUAAAAGCACUUUUAUAUGUAUACUUUCUUUUUUUCUUGAUAUUUUAAAAAAAAACUAUUGUUUUUUUCUUGUGAAUUGUUUUUGUUUUUAUGUUUUCUGAUGUGAAACUGAUCUACCCUCGUGUGAUACUUUUUGUAUACAGUAGGGCUGUGCCAAUAGAAGUGAAAGAAUGGAUUUUGAUAUGUGAAACCCAUGUUAUUUGACUCAGUGUACAGUAGAUGGAUUGACAUUUGUAACCCCCCCAACCUCCCCCCUCACCGAACCCCUUCCUCCAUCAUCCAUAUUGUUCCCUGUUUCAAAGCAGCGAUACAGUAUGUUACUACCCAGAUUCAAAGAAUGUCUAUUUCUAUUAAGAUUGUAAGUUAGGGAACUAUGUCACGCGCUUUGUACAAUGUUUCGUCCCUUAUGAAGGACCGUCGGGCCUUUGCCAUUUCCCUAAUACAUCGUAGUCGUCAUGUUGACAAAUUUAAGUGCUGAUCCAAAUUUUGGAUUAUAUUCACAAACUAAAUUCUCUUGAUUGUAACCUCUGAGAUAAAUAUGGAGGAUUUAGGCUGCAGUUUGUCAAAACGAAAAACUGACAAAGUGUUUGACGAAGACGUCGGCACUCAAAGAGUAUAGAGGGUAAUAAUAAAAACAGAUCGCUUAUCUAUAUCAUAUUUAAGAUUCUAAAUUUGAAAUUUUAUUUCUUAAUGUAAUUAAUUUCUUAAGUGACCUUAUUGCCAUCCUUUUUGUCCAUGCACGCUGCUCAAUAUGAGCGGUGUGAUCUUUUAACCAGAUGUUAUUCCCCCUCCCCCCCAUCCUCCUAUAAUACUUAACACCCCCCCCCCCCCAUGUUUGUACAUUUUGUACAUAGAGUUUUCCGGUUGCUGUUUUCAAUUUUUUUUUUUUUUUUUAUUACGUAUGAGAUGUACAAAUAUAAUUCUUUGCUAAUAUAUAUCAUCAAAUUAGGAGAAAAAAAAAUCUUAGGUUAAAAAUUAAAAAUCAAGUGACAAAUUUGAUUCAAAACUUGCUUUGAGCAUUAGAUGUAGGGAAGACUCCAAGUCGACUUUAUCGUACUGAUUUGUUUGUGUCAAGUGAAUCCAGAUUUAAUGUCAUGUGAUCUUGGUGGCCUAUGGACAGCUUUAAGAUAUACGGUCUCAGCUUCACUGCACAGCCCUACAUGGUGGUGUUUUCUGCUUCUGUUUCCUUUUGUAAGACUUUUAAAUUGUUGGUGUUUCUGAUGGUGCUAAACAUUUUAUCCAAACAAGAAAAAAUAUAUUUGAUUGGAAGAGAAAAAAUGACUGUUUUUUAAGUUCCUCGUAGUAACGGAAAAUAACUAUUAUUUCACUCAUAUAAAUAUAUUAACAAAGGCAUUUUAACUUUGUACUUGAAAAAAUAGGGAUAACAAAUAACGAAAGGUUUCCUAUAUUGUUUUAGACUAGAGAUUGCUGUAGUUGGUGCUUAUCUGUGGGAAAAUCAUGUGAGAAAAAAAAACCGGUAAUAACCUUUACUGUAGCAUAAUGUAUGCUUAAUACGCAUUGCUUCUUAAUCCUACAUUCCAUGCCGUAAUAUUCUCCAUGUCUUGUUUUCAAAAAUGUUUUGAAUUGAUGUUUCUUUGUUUUGUUUUGUUUUUUUUUAAAUCAGAAACAUUUGAGUUUUACUGUUCAAGGCAGGUCAAUAAUUCUAUAUUCAGUGAUACUGUAAGAACCUCUGUGUGACUUUCUUUCUGUCAUAACUGUUAAUGGCCGAUACGCUUUUCCUCAAGACCAGUUCGUACAGCAAAUGUAGCAGUCAUUCUCCACUUCAACCCCCCCCCCCCCUCCCCCCCCAUACUUAAGUUUAGUGUCCAGAGAGAAGAUAGAGGCUCCGUAUGUACUUGUGCUGGAGAACACUUGAAUAAAUGUAUUGUUUUUGUGCAAAAAAA